GCGCAUUUCAAUUUAGCAGUCGGAAGGAACUGGAAGAUUAAGGGAAGCGACGUUUCACCAGGAAGGAGGCUUACGGAUUUCACUUCAAAAUGAUAAAAUUUCUACCUAAACUAAUUUUGCUGGUAUUACUAGCUUUCCCGGCAACGAUUGUCAUGAAAGGUGAGUCUAUCGAACUGGACUUAGGUUAACUAGCUGAAGAGAAACAGCCUUGGCCAUCAGUCACAGUUAGCUAGCUACAGUAGCUAGUUAAGUUAGCUUUAAUGGAAGGCCACUCCAUGCUCAUGUGCAAAUUUAUAUUUUCUGCUAGUACGACAUUGUAGUUACUGUCCAUGUCAAUUAAUAGUUUUAUUGAUGUUGAUACUGGCUACACGUUUUAGUAACUAUUCAUUGCAAAUGUUAUAUAAUAGUGAGUCUUGCUUAGCCAUAAUAGUGUGGUAACUAACGUUACCUAGCUAGACUGACGUGUCCUUCUUUCCAGCCAACUUGCUUUCUAGAACCGUACCGUAAUUAAUAAUCGAUUUACGUUUAGUAUUUGGCUGUUUUGUCUUCCAGAGCCAUUUUGCCUUUAAACAGAACAUGUAAGGUCGUUGGACUAUAAGGAGUAACGUUAGGCUCCUUUAGUCCAUUAUUGGGCUAGGGAGAAUCAACCUCAGAAGUCCAUGGAAAAUAAGAGCACCUCCUCCCAACUGCCCACUGCACUGAGGCUAGGAAACACUGUCACCACAGAUAAAUGUACAAUAAUCGAGAAUUUCAACAAGCAUUUUGCUACGGCUGGCCAUGCUUUCCACCUGGCUACCACUACCCCAGCCACCAGCUCUGCAACCUCCGCUGCAACGUGCCCAUGCCCCCCCCCGGCUUCUCCUUCACACAAAUUCAGACAGCUGAUGUUCUAAAAGAGCUGAAAACUCUGGACCCCUACAAAUCAGCUGGGCUAGACAAUCUGGACCCUUUCUUUCUAAAAUUAGCAGCCGAAAUUGUCGCAACCCCUAUUACUAGCCUGUUCAACCUCUCUUUCGUAAUGUCUGAGAUCCCCAGAGAUUGGAAAGCUGCCGCGGUCAUCCCCCUCUUCAAAGGGGGUGACACUCUAGAUCCAAACUGUUACAGACCUAUAUCCAUCCUGCCCUGCCUUUCGAAAGUAUUUGAAAGCCAAGUUAACAAACAGAUCACCGUCCAUUUCGAAUCCCACCGUACCUUCUCCGCUAUGCAAUCCGGUUUCCGAGCUCGUCAUGGGUGCACCUCAGCCAUGCUCAAGGUCCUAAACGAUAUUAUAACCGCGAUAGAUAAAAUACAGUACUGCGCAGCCGUCUUCAUUGACCUGGCCAAGGCUUUCGACUCUGUCAACCACCUCAUUCUUAUUGGCAGACUAAAUAGCCUUGGUUUCUCUAAUGACUGCCUCGCCUGGUUCACCAACUACUUCUCAGAUAGAGUUCAAUGUGUCAAAUCAGAGGGCCUGUUGUCUGGACCUCUGGCCGUCUCUAUGGGGGUGCCACAGGGUUCAAAUCUCGGGCCGACUCUAUUCUCUGUGUAUAUCAAUGAUGUCGCUCUUGCUGCAGGUGACGCUCGGAUCCACCUCUAUGCGGACGACACCAUUUUGUAUAUAUCUGGCCCUUCAUUGGACACUGUUAACAAACCUCCAAACAAGCUUCAACGCCAUACAACACUCCUUCCGUAGCCUCCAACUGCUCUUAAACACUAGUAAAACUAAAUGCAUGCUCUUCAAUCGAACGCUGCUUGCACCCGCCCACCCGACUACAAUCACUACUCACGGCGGGUCUGACAUAGAGUAUGUGGACAACUACAAAUACCUAGGUGUCUGGUUAGACUGUACACUCUCCUUCCAGACUCACAUUAAGCAUCUCCAAUCAAAAGUUAGAUCUAGAAUCGGCUUCCUAUUUCGCAACAAAGCCUCCUUCACUCAUGCUGCCAAACAUGCCCUCGUAAAUCUGACUAUCCUAAUGAUCCUUGACUUUGGCGAUGUCAUUUACAAAAUAGCCUCCAACACUCUACUCAGCAAAUUGGAUGUAAUCUAUCACAGUGCCAUCUGUUUUGUCACCAAAGCCCCAUAUACUACUCACCACUGUGACCUGUACGCUCUUGUUGGCUGGCCCUCACUACAUAUUCGUCACCAAACCCAUUGGCUCCAGGUCAUCUAUAAAUCACUGCUAGGCAAAUCCCAGUCUUAUCUUAGCUCACUGGUCACCAUAGCAACACCCACCCGUAGUCUGCGCUCCAGCAGGUAUAUCUCACUGAUCAUCCCCAAAGCAACACCUCCUUUGGCCGCCAUUCCUUCCAGUUCUCUGCUGCCAAUGACUGGAACGAACUGCAAAAAUCUCUGAAGCUGGAGACUCUUAUCUCCCUCACUAACUUUAAGCGUCAGUUGUCAGAGCAGCUUACCAAUCACUGCACCUGUACACAGCCAUUCUGAAAUUAGCCCACCCAACUACCUCAUCCCCAUAUUGUUAUUUAUUUUGCUAAUUUGCACCCCAGUAUCUCUAUUUGCACAUCAUAUUUUGCACAUCUAUCAUUCCAGUGUUAAUACGAAAUUGUAACUAUUUGCACUAUGGCCUAUUUAUUGCCUUACCUCCAUAACUUACUACAUUUGCACACACUGUAUAUAUAUUUUCUGUUGUAUUUUUGACUUUAUGUUUUGUUUACCCCAUAUGUAACUCUGUUGUUUUUAUCACACUGCUUUGCUUUAUCUUGGCCAGGUCGCAGUUGUAAAUGAGAACUUGUUCUCAACUGGCUUACCUGGUUAAAUACAAAAAAACUUGGCCACAGAAGCCCUCUAUUGUUGGCAAUCAUAUCAGUGUUUUGCUUAGAAGCUUGCAAUAUGAAACAGUAAUUUAAACAUUAAAUGACGUUUGUUAGGCCUAGGGCCUGUGACUUUAAUGAAUACAAUAUUUGUUCAAACUCAGUUUUAAUCCCUUGAUACGAUAUUAGCUAUGUAACUAAGCGCCCUGGUGUGAACAUAAUAAUAAUAAUAAUAAUAAUAAUAAUAGGUUUCAUUUUGACUCCUACUAGCACAAGUUUUCCAAAAAUUCGAUUUGGUGAGAUUUUAAUCACAAUCAAUCCAGGGCCAUUGGUGGCAGCCCAGGAUGCUACUGAGGACGAGGAGGCAGCUGAUGAAGAUGAUGUUGAUGUGAACACAGAGGAUGACGAGGCCGAAGUUGAAGAUGAUGAAAACACGGAAUUGGUAAGAGAUUAGGCUACUUUUGGCUACCUCCUUAAAUGCCUCCUGGCAUUUUUCAUUUAAAAAAAUCUUUGUCUAAUUUUUAUAUUUUAGAUAGAAGAAAAAGAAGAAGAGGAAGAAGCCAUAGGAGGAGAAGUGAAUGCCUCCCCCAAUGCUGACACCACCAUCCUCUUUGUCAAGGGAGACGGUAGGGGUACGGGCACAGAUUGGGGCUCGUCUCAACAUAUCUAUCUGCAUGUUGAAUUUGCACUUCAUUUUUGUCAUUAUGAUUGUUUUGAACAGUGUUUUUUCACUUUAAUUCUAAGACUAUGAUUUGUAUUUGGAGAUGGAUUUACUUAGCUACGAUGCUUAGGCUAUAAUAUGUAGUUUCAACCUCUUUAUUUGAGUGCAUUUAUUGCACUGAACAAGUGUCUUCUGAAUGACUUGAAUUAAAAGGAAUUCUUCAUAUUCUGACAAGCCCCGGGAUGCUUCAAAUUCGCCACCACUCAUAUUCUUUUAUUGCUCUUCCUCCUGGCGUUUGCCUCCAGACUUCCCAGCCAACGACAUUGUGAAGUUCCUGAUGGGCUUCACCAACAAAGGCAGUGACAACUUUGUGGUGGAGUCCCUGGAUGCAUCCUUCCGCUACCCACAGGACUUCCAGUUCUACAUCCAGAACUUCACAGCCCUGCAGCUGGGCAUAGUGGUGCCAGCCGGGCGCCAGGCCACCUUCGAGUACUCCUUCAUCCCCGCAGAGCCCAUGGGCGGGCGCCCCUUCGGCCUGGUCAUCAACCUCAACUACAAGGACAGCAACGUGAGUGGGCCUCAGCUUAGUCAGCCAUUUUUUGAGUCUUUUUCACAAAUAAUGGCAUGUCAAGAAUGGUAAUGGAUUUGGUUUCUGUCUCCUUAUCUUGGCAAAUGUUGAGAUAUAACAUAUAGCCACUAAGCUUCUUUCAUUUGGCAAUUGUUUUUAUAUUAGGAAAUGAUAGUGGAAAUUAGUUUAACUCAUGGUGUGUGGCUGAAGUCUUCCCAGUAUUUGCAUGUGAGGUUAAACUUUCAGGUUAACCCGGGGAAGAUAAAGGGGGGUCGUAGUUCACCAACUGGAGGUGAUAUCUGAUCCUCUCGCUCUCUCUCUCACACCUCUCUCUCUCUCUUUCAGGGUAACAUGUUCCAGGAUGCUGUGUUCAACCAGACAGUGACCAUCACCGAGAGAGAGGACGGACUGGACGGAGAGACGUGAGUGAGGCCAGAUGGACUAGCCCUGUGUUGGAAGAUAUUCAGAAGGGCUAAAUGAAACCACUAUUGGAGAUGGCUGCCAAACCGCCAUACCAGAGUCCUGUGGUGGUGCAGAGCGUGUUAACUCUUCUCUAUCUUCUGUAUCCUAAGGAUCUUCAUGUAUGUGUUCCUGUCUGGUCUGGGCCUGCUGGUGGUGGUAGGCCUUCAUCAGCUGCUGGAGUCCAGAAAGGUAAAGCUACAACGCCCACGCCACCGGACGCAGAAGAUGGAAAGAGAAUGAAUUAAGCAUAUAAUUCCUUUAUUUAUGUGUGUGCUUUCCUAUUUUUUUCGAGAAUGAUACGAAGACUGAAAGAGAGAAAUUUACUUUUGAUAGCUUUGCUGAGGCAAUGCACUAUGACAAGAUUUGCGUAGAAUAUUCAGCACUAAGCGACACCUACUGCAGAGAUGAUGGUAGAUAGCAGUCCAGAGAGAAAUGAAUUAGGAGAUGCCUGUUCAUAUUCAACGGUGGGAUUCUCUCAGUUCAGAUGAUUGUCAGUGUGUUGUUAGUUGACGCUGAUGUUCUUCUUUCAGGUUGAGCACAAUAAGGGCCAGAAAAGGAUUUGAGAUAGUACCACCGCUUUUCUGAGGAACAUUGAGGUAGACAGGGAAAGAGGAGGGAGACUCAACGUGCCAAUUUACGACUUUUGGGGCGAGUUCAGUUUCAGCGCUUUACUACUACUACUACUACUACUGGGUAAAAAUUUUUAGAAAAAAGACUAGGGGAACAAUGUUGAAAAUGUUAUGGGUGUGGCGGAUCAUUUUGAGGAUUGUGUGUCAAUGUUGAAUGGAGGAAGUUCAAGUCUCCUAACCCACACUAGAACAUUUCAGAAGACUGAGGGUGGAAAGGGUUUAGGGUAUACAAGAUCAUUUUAGUGUUUGGUUUCUGUAGAAGUCUAGUGGAAGUCAGUUUCGUUGCUUCUUCAGUUUAGCAACUCUUGUGCCCCCCCCCCCCCCCCCGUGCAGAGGAGGAGGCCAGCUGCGAAGGUGGAGAUGGGAACGUCCAGCCACAACGACGUGGACAUGAGCUGGAUUCCCCAAGAGACCCUCAACCAGAUCAGUAAGUCCUCACCACACCACUCACUCAACAUUAUGCUAGCUAGUAGCCACAGGGAAGCUAGUGGUUUAUGCUAGCCAUUAGCCAAAGGACAUUAUGCUAGCUAGUAGCCACGGGGGAGCUAGCUGUUUAUGCUAGCCAUUAGCUCCAGGGGUGCCAGCACCUUCAACAGCUCUGCCUAGGUUGCUAACAGUGUAAAGUUAAAUAUGAGUCUAUUUUUGAUUGGGCUGCUUAAGUACAUGAUCAAAAUCUGUUUAAGCUACAGUGUCUCAUUAAAUGUGUGUUUAAGAAGACAGAAGUGACACACAUCCUAGCUGCUAUGCCCCCUCCUUGCUAUGUUCCUCUCUCUACAGCCUACAGCUUUAUAACAUUGCAGUGUUUCAUAGAUGCCUGUUGUUUUCUCUGGGGGUAUUUAGCUAAAGGCUCUUGAGUUUUCUGGGUUUGGCUGGUGUUUCAAAACUACCUGUUCUCUCUCUGUGCAUUGGGUCAUUCACUAUUUUCUCUCUCUCUUUUUCCUUGCGUCUUCAGUGCAGAGUCGGCGAGGUGAGGCUUCCAUUUCUCUCAGGAGCGAGCAGUAGUAGAUUAGUGGUUGAGCAAAAUGCUUACGUUUCCUCUGAAUCGUCAGUGAAUGUAAUUAUCAGUGCUUCUGAAUAUGCAAUCUCAGUCAUUGGUUCAUGUUAGCCUUGGGUGUAGCAGCUAUGGUCACUGACUUCAAUCCCUAGCCCCUACCCUGAAACACUUUUCAUAGGUCUGAAAGGAUCAAAUGGAUAUAGGCAAUAUGGUAAUAGCGACGAGGUCUAUGUGGAGCUUCUACCGUAUUGCUUAAACUCAUCAGAUUCUUACAGAUCUACAAGAUGCGGCUAGAUUUUACACUGGGCCUAUGAAAAAAGUAUUUGUUGAUCUGCUUAUCUGAUCCAAAGAGUGACGUCUAAAAAGGACAUCACCUGUAAACCUUUCCUAAAACUCUCCUCUCGUUUCCCUAGACAAGGCCUCCCCCAAACGAUCUCCCCGCAAGCGGACACAGAAGCGCUCGGCUGGUUCGGACGAGUGAUCGGGCCCCUGCCCAGUUCUGUCAAUCGCGCUUGGCACCUGACACAGCCAUACCGCACCGCGCCAACCUUGCCAGCGGUGGAGGCAACAGCCUUCUCUCACCACGGAACCAAGUGCCGUCCUCUUCACAAGAGACUGGUUUCUACCACUAAACUAGACAAAACAUCACAACAAACGGUCCCAUUUGUUAAUUAUUCUCUCAAAAGAAGUGUUAUCACAGAGGUGUUGUGAUGAUGAAACAGUUAAUGAGUUUUGAGUGAGUUUUUGUGAAGAUGCAUGUCUUGAAGGAUAGGGAGGAUUGAGAUGAUGAUGAUGGUGGAUGGGAGUGG